AUGUCGCAUUACACGGCGUUGACGGUGUUGCUGGGUAUAGUCCCACUGGUGGUGAUCUAUUUGUGGAAAACAGUCACAUACUACCGAACAAAGCAAUAUGCACAUCUACCCCAGCUUCCACCAUCAUUAGUAUGGGGUCAUUUGGCCGCUAUUGGUAAACUGAAGAACACUCACAGACUUAAUGACCAUGUUGACGAACUCUUCAAGGACAUGCACGAUCAACUAGGAAACCCUCCUCUUUUUAUUGCAGAUUUCCGACCCAUAACUCACGUUAUGUGUGUCAUUUGCAAUCAUGAAGUCGCAGAGCAGGUUUCCAAAAGCUCCAAGCUUUUCCAGUACAGUACUCCAAAGUCGCCCACAAUUCGAUGGUUCCAAGACCUGUUCGGCGCGAACUCCAUCCUUGUUGCAGAAAAUGAAGAAUGGAAAGGACUACGCAAGCAGUUCAAUCCAGGAUUCUCCCACAAGCAUCUCAUGAGUUUGAUGCCUUGUAUUCUCGACAAGACCCAGCUUUUCCUAGAGCGUCUUGACCAUUUAGCCACGACUGGAGAGGAAUUUUCUCUUGAUGAUCUGUGUACAAACCUGACAUUCGACAUCAUUGGCGCGGUCACCAUGGAUACCAACAUGGAUGCUCAACUCGGAGAAGAAAAGCAAGGCGAACUGGUUCGACUCUACCGUGAACUGGGCUACAGCUAUCGCCCUGAUAAUGGCAGAUGGAAAAUUCUACUUGCCUUCCAGAGACGUUCAUUGGGUCGUCGAGUCGAUAGUCUCAUUCAAGCGAUUAUCAAAGAGAAAUUUGAGGAGGAAUCCAAUCCUGAAAAGUCUUCUCGCAGUGUGCUCGCUCUCGGUCUGGCAGAGCACCCGAAAUUGACGCCAGAAAUCCUCAACCAGACCUGUGAUCAACUCAAAACUUUCUUAUUUGCUGGUCACGACACGACCAGUAUUGUGCUCCAGUGGUCAUUUUAUCAAUUGAGUCGCACUCCCCGGGUCUUACGCCUCGUUUGCCUCGAGUUGAAUGAAGUCUUCGGAGCCGAUAGUUCGACAUCUGCUGUUCGAGCCAAAAUUCUGGAACGUGGAGAGGAGCUUCUUCAGAAACUGACCUAUACUUCCGCGGUGAUAAAGGAGAUCCUUCGCUUGUUCCCACCAGCUGCCACAGCGCGUUCGUCGCCUGCAAACAGCGGGAUGGUCGUUCAGUUGCCGAAUGGAGAAGAACUCAAUCUAGAUGGAACAAUUAUAUAUCACUGUCAUAGUAUCAUACAGCGCGACAAGAGCGUGUAUGGUGAUGACAGAAACGAUUUCAUCCCCGAGCGUUGGCUGAGAGACGCUAAAGAUAACGCUCCCAUCCCGCCAAGUGCAUGGCGACCUUUUGAGCGAGGGCCACGCAAUUGUAUUGGACAGGAACUUGCAAAUAUCGAGGCACUGGUUAUUCUUGCCUGUGCUGUUCGCCGAUAUGAUUGGAAGAAGGUAGGGCUUGGGGCCUUCAAAUAUGAUGAUUCGGGGGCACCGAUCAUGAAAGAAAACGGGCAACAUGAUGUCCAUUCAGAGCUAUACAGUACGUUGGAGAUUACCGCGAAGAUUGUCGACGGCAUGAAGAUGCGCGUCAAAUUGGCCAACUCG